ACCGCAGCCCGGGCACGCCGGAGCUCGGACACACGGACACACGGCCCAGCCGGGGGCGGCUCGCGGCGCCCCGAGGAGCCCCCGGCGGCUCAGCCCCCUCCGCGGGGUUACCUGCCCGGCCCAGGUGGGGCGGUGCGGAGCGGAGGAGGCUGUUUCGGAGGGUGCCGCCGCUUCUGAUGGAUGUUUUGUGUGUGUUUGCCUCCGCUCCCGGGUUCUCUUUCAUGUGAGGACGCGUCUGGCUCGAGCUCUGUUAAACUAUCUGCCUUCUGGUACCGGCCGUAGAUAAGAGAAAGAAACCUGAGCCCGAAAGGCAAUUCCCCACCUUCUUCCACCUAACGUGACCUUCUCGGGCGCCUUUGAAGGUUUGCUGGUGCUCCGGCGAUGAUGGCAGUGGUGGGUUCCCUUGGGCUGUACUAAGAGCCUCUUGUUUUCUUUUCCCUUUCUUAGAGGCAUUUCAUCUUUAAGGGCCGGCUGCUCGCGCACACUUUUAUACCCACCGAAGCCAUCAAGAAACCAUGCUGCGUGGUGGAAGAAGUGCGUUUCUGUGCCUUGGAAUGCUCUUGAGCGUUUGGAGCUCCGUGACUUGGAUGCCUGUUGGAGGAUGCCCGCAUAAAUGUACAUGUAUUGCUUCGAACGUGGAUUGUCAUGGACUGGGACUCAAAACUGUACCGAGGGAUAUUCCCAGGAACGCGGAGAGACUUGAUCUAGAAAAAAACAAUAUCACAAGAAUCACAAAGACGGACUUCACAGGGCUGAAGAACCUUCGUGUCUUACACUUGGAAGAAAAUCAGAUUAGUGUGAUAGAACGUGGAGCUUUUCAGGAUCUGAAACAACUCGAACGGCUGCGUUUGAACAAGAAUAAAUUGCAAGUCCUUCCAGAGCUGCUUUUUCAGAACACACAGAAGUUAACUAGACUGGACCUGAGUGAAAAUCAGAUAAAAGGAAUCCCUAGAAAAGCCUUUCGAGGAAUCAUCGAUGUGAAGAACUUGCAACUGGACAACAACCAGAUCAGCUGCAUCGAAGAUGGAGCCUUCCGAGCCCUGCGCGACCUGGAGAUCCUUACCCUCAACAACAACAACAUCACCCGCAUUCCUGUUACCAGUUUCAAUCACAUGCCAAAGAUCAGGACUCUGCGGCUCCACUCCAACUUCCUGCACUGUGACUGUCACCUGGCCUGGCUGUCGGACUGGCUGCGGCAGCGCCGCACCAUCGGCCAGUUCACCUUCUGCCUGGCCCCCGUCAGCCUCAGGGGCUUCCUGGUGGCAGAGGUGCAGAAGAAGGACUUUGUCUGCUCUGGUUCCCAGUCUGAACCUCCCUCGUGCAGUGCCAGUUCCAUCACCUGCCCAUCUGCCUGCACCUGCAGCAACAAUGUAGUGGAUUGUCGAGGAAGGGGCUUAACAGAAAUCCCAGCUAACCUGCCAGAGGACAUUUGGGAAAUACGUUUGGAACAAAACCUCAUCAAAAUCAUUCCCCCUGGAGCUUUCACCCAGUACAAGAAGCUUAAGAGAAUAGACAUCAGCAAGAACCAAAUAACUGACAUUGCGCCUGAUGCAUUCAAAGGCUUGAAAUCUCUCAUUUCAUUAGUGCUCUAUGGAAACAAGAUCACGGAGAUUCCCCAGGGCCUUUUUGAUGAUCUUGUGUCUCUGCAGCUGCUGCUUCUCAAUGCCAAUAAGAUCAACUGCCUGAGGGUGAACACGUUCCAAGGUCUGCAUAAUCUCAAACUGCUAUCUCUUUAUGACAACAAACUGCAGACCAUCAGCAAGGGGCUCUUUGCACCUCUGCGAUCGAUCCAGACUCUACAUUUAGCUCAGAACCCAUUUGUGUGCGACUGCCAUCUGAAGUGGCUGGCUGAUUACCUGCAGGAUAAUCCGAUCGAGACGAGCGGCGCUCGGUGCAGCAAUCCCCGUCGCCUUGCCAACAAACGCAUCAGCCAGAUCAAGAGCAAGAAGUUCCGCUGCUCAGGGUCAGAGGAUUACAGAAGUAAAUUCACUGGGAAGUGCUUCAUGGACCUUGUGUGUCCCGAGAAGUGUCGCUGCGAGGGGACAAUCGUGGACUGCUCCAACCAGAAACUCACCCGUCUGCCCAGCCACCUCCCCGAGUACACCACUGACCUGCGCCUGAAUGACAAUGACAUUGCUGUUUUGGAAGCCAUUGGACUCUUCAAGAAACUACCCAACCUCAGGAAAAUAAACCUCAGCAACAAUAAGAUCAAGGAGAUCCGAGAAGGUGCAUUUGAUGGAGCUUCGGGAGUGCAGGAACUGAUUCUGACAGAGAACCAGCUGGAAUCAGUGCAUGGGAGGAUGUUCAGAGGCCUCACAGGGCUCAAGACCUUGAUGCUGAGGAGCAACUCUAUCAGCUGUAUAAACAACGACACCUUUGCUGGCCUGAGCUCAGUGAGGCUCCUUUCUCUGUAUGACAAUCACAUCAGCACUAUCACCCCUGGAGCCUUCAGCACAUUGGUCUCCUUGUCUACAAUUAAUUUGCUGGCCAACUCCUUUAACUGUAACUGCCAUUUGGCCUGGCUGGGAAAAUGGUUGAGGAAGAAGAGAAUUGUCAGUGGAAAUCCACGCUGCUUGAAACCCUUUUUCUUAAAGGAUAUUCCAAUCCAAGAUGUAGAUGUCCAGGACUUCACCUGUGACGGUAAUGAUGAGAGCAGCUGCUUGCUUUCACCUCCUUGUCCUUCCCAGUGUACCUGUGUGGACUCCGUGGUUCGCUGCAGCAACAAAGGGCUGCGGAUGCUGCCCAAAGGAAUUCCCAAGGAUGUGACUGAGCUAUACUUGGAAGGAAAUCAUCUGCCUGCUGUGCCGAAGGGGCUCUCUGCCUUCAGACACCUGACACUGAUUGAUUUGAGCAACAACAGCAUCAGUGUGUUGGCCAAUCACACCUUCAGCAACAUGACCCAGUUAUCAACCCUCAUCCUGAGUUACAACAGACUUCGCUGCAUCCCCGUCCACGCCUUCAACGGGCUCCGCUCCCUGCGAGUGCUGACACUCCAUGGAAACGAUAUUUCCAGUGUUCCUGAAGGUUCCUUCAAUGACCUGGUAUCCCUGUCCCAUCUGGCCCUGGGCACCAACCCCCUGCACUGUGACUGCCACCUGCGCUGGCUCUCGGAGUGGGUGAAGGCGGGAUACAAGGAGCCCGGCAUCGCCCGCUGCAGCGGCCCCGAGGCCAUGGUGGACAGGCUGCUGCUCACCACCCCCACCCACCACUUCCAGUGCAAAGAGCCAGCAGAUCUCAGUGUUGUGUCCAAGUGCAACCCCUGCCUCUCCAACCCGUGUAAGAACAACGGGACGUGCAGCAGUGACCCAGUGGAGCUUUAUCAAUGCACUUGCCCUUUUGGUUUCAAGGGUCGAGACUGCAGUGUGCCCAUUAAUUCUUGCAUUCAAAACCCAUGUCAGAAUGGAGGGACCUGCCACCUCACCGAGGCAAAUAAAGAUGGAUUCAGCUGCUCUUGUCUCCUUGGGUAUGAGGGGGAGAGGUGUGAAAUAAACCCAGAUGACUGCGAGGAUAAUGACUGUGAGAAUAACUCUACAUGUGUGGAUGGCAUCAACAACUAUGUUUGUCUCUGCCCUCCUAAUUACACAGGUGAACUGUGUGAUGAGGUGAUCAACCACUGUGUUCCUGACCUAAACCCCUGCCAACAUGAGUCCAAAUGUGUUCCCCUUGACAAAGGAACCAGAUGCGAGUGCUUGCCGGGUUACAGCGGCAAGCACUGCGAGAUCGAUGAUGACGACUGCGUGGGACACAAGUGUCGUCAUGGAGCUGUGUGUGUGGAUGCUGUCAAUGGCUACACCUGUGUCUGUCCCCAGGGCUUCAGUGGACUUUUCUGUGAAACCCCUCCGCCCAUGGUCCUGCUGCAGACGAGCCCCUGUGACAACUACGAGUGCCAGAACGGGGCCCAGUGCAUCGUCGCCCACCACGAGCCCGUGUGCCGCUGCCUCGCCGGCUUCGCGGGCCAGAGGUGUGAGAAGCUCAUCACGGUCAACUUCGUGGGGAAGGACUCGUACGUGGAGCUGCCAUCAGCCAAAAUCCGCCCUCAGGCAAACAUCUCCCUCCAGGUAGCCACGGACAAGGACAAUGGCAUCUUAUUAUACAAAGGUGACAAUGAUCCUUUGGCUCUGGAGUUGUACCAAGGACACGUGAGGCUCAUCUAUGACACACUGAAUUCCCCACCUACCACAGUAUACAGUGUGGAAACAGUAAAUGAUGGGCAGUUCCACAGUGUGGAACUCGUGAUGCUGAAUCAAACUCUGAACCUGGUGGUGGACAAGGGGGCUCCCAAGAGUCUGGGAAAACUCCAGAAACAGUCUUCUGUCAGCCUCAACACACCCCUCUACAUUGGAGGGAUCCCAACCUCUACUGGACUAUCUCCCCUGCGCCAGGGUGCAGAUAAGACACCAAACGGUUUCCAUGGAUGUAUCCACGAUGUCCGCAUCAACAACGAGCUGCAGGAUUUCAAGGAUUUGCCACAGCAGUCACUGGGAGUCCUUCCUGGCUGCAAGUCCUGUAACAUCUGCAAGCACGGUAUCUGCCGGUCCCUGGAGAAAACGAGUGUGAUUUGUGAGUGUCACCCAGGCUGGAUGGGCCCCCUGUGUGACCAGGAAAUUGGAGACCCGUGUCUUAACCACAAGUGUCUGCAUGGUAAGUGCGUGGCAGCCAACGUUGCUUACACCUGUAAGUGCACAGAGGGCUACACGGGCAUGUACUGUGACAAGAAGAACAAUUCCUCAAAUCCCUGCAGGACUUUGAAAUGCAACCAUGGGCAGUGUAAAGUUUCGGAGCACGGGGAGCCCUUCUGUGAAUGCGACCCCAACUACAGCGGAGAGCUCUGUGACAGAGAGAAUCUCUGCCAAGGUGACAUCAUUCGAGAAGUAGUCAGGAAGCAGCAGGGCUACACGUCCUGUGCCACUGCCACCAAAGUGCCCCGCCUGGAAUGCCGUGGCAGCUGUGGGAGCGGGCAGUGCUGCAUCCCCCUCCGGAGCAAACGGCGGAAAUACUUCUUCCAGUGCGUGGACGGCUCCACCUUCACAGAAGAACUGGAGAGACACGUGGAAUGCGGCUGCUCAAAAUGCUUAUAAAGCCAUUCUCCAGUCUCCUGCCACUUUAAUCGACUCAGAAGCGCUAUCAAAACGGGACCUAUUUACUUGCAGAGUGAAGAAGAAGAAAAGAAUUAUUAAGUAUAUUGUAAAAUAAGCAAAAAAUAGAACUUAUUUUUAUUAUGGAAAGUGACUAUUUUCAUCUUUUAUUAUAUAAAGUAUCGCACCACUUUGGGUAUAUGUAUCAUAUAGUGAGCUAUUUUUACCAUGAAACUUUUUUAACAGUUGUAAGAAAAAAAAUUUCAAAAGUUAAAAGGUAAAAAAAAAAAAUAAAUAUAUAUAUAUAUAUAUAAAGAAAACAUAGCCUAGCAGGAGGAGUGUGGGGUGACUUUAUAUGUAUGCACAAUGAACAAACAUAAAGGUGUUCCAAGGACCCACUGCCGAACUGAUACGGGCUGAAGAAAUCUCCUGGUUGGGUUUCCCAGGCGAGUGGAUCCCUGAGACCAACUGCAGCCAUCUGCCUGCUCUGGCACCCGGAGAGCCUCCCCUCAGCCCCUUGCUCUGCCCAGCACUGCCAACCUUGGUUUGCUCCUGUACAGUGGCCCCGCUUGCUGUUUGUGAACUUGUUCCCCAGAGCACACAGGCACUGCCGUAGCUGGAGGCUAAUUACAUUAUUUGACUAUUGUAGUACUAUAAUACAUUUUUUUGCUGUGUAUGAUGUAUUUAUCUGUGUUCACAUUAUAUUCUUGAGCAACUGUAUCUAUAGAGCACAGGCAGCUUUAUCCAAAAGAAGGGUGCGAAGGGAAAAGGAAGCAGGGGAAAUUUAUGUUGCUUUGGGUAAUUUGGGGGCAAAAUGUGAAAAUAAGUGCUAAGUGAUGCCUAAUAAAUGACACAGUACUUUUGUGUAAA